AUGCCCCGGGAUUACCAGGCCGAGAAAGAAAAAUUCAAGACCUUUCUGCAGGAAUUCUACAAAGAUGAUGAACUGGGGAAGAAGAACUUCAAAUAUGGCACCCAGCUGGCUAACGUUGCCCACAGAGAACAAGUGGCUUUGUACAUUGACCUGGACGACCUGGCAGAAGAAGACCCCGAGCUGGUGGACUCUGUCUGUGAGAACACCCGCAGAUACACCAAUCUGUUUGCAGAUGCUGUGCAGGAGCUGCUGCCCCAGUACAAGGAGAAGGAGUUGGUGAACAAAGACUCUCUAGACGUGUACAUAGAACAUCGAUUAAUGAUGGAGCAGAGGGGCCGGGACCCUGCAGAGAUCCGGGACGCUCACAACCAGUAUCCAGCAGAGCUCAUGCGCAGAUUCGAGCUGUACUUCAAGGCUCCUUCCACUGCCAAAGCCCGAGUUAUUCGAGAUGUGAAGGCUGACUCCAUUGGGAAGCUUGUAACCGUGCGAGGAAUUGUCACCAGGGUCACGGAAGUGAAGCCCAUGAUGGUUGUGGCGACGUACACAUGUGACCAGUGUGGUGCAGAGACCUACCAGCCUAUCCAGUCUCCAACCUUCAUGCCCCUGAUAAUGUGCCCAAGUAAAGAAUGUCAGACCAACCGCUCCGGCGGUCGCCUCUAUCUGCAGACCAGAGGAUCCAAGUUCGUCAAGUUUCAGGAGCUGAAGAUCCAGGAGCAUAGCGACCAAGUCCCUGUGGGUAACAUUCCUCGCUGUAUGACAGUCUACAUCCGUGGGGAGAACACACGCAUGGUGCAGCCUGGAGACCAUGUCGGUAUUACUGGGGUUUUUCUGCCCAUGCUGAAGAGUGGCUUCCGGCAAGUAGCCCAAGGGCUGCUGUCGGAGACCUACCUGGAUGCUCAUAGGAUGGUGAAGAUGAACAAGACUGAGGAUGAUGAGCUGGGAACAGAAGAACUGAGUGAGGCAGAGCUGCGGCAGAUCACAGAGGAUGACUUCUAUGAGAAACUCGCUGCUUCUAUUGCACCGGAGAUCUAUGGACAUGAAGAUGUGAAAAAGGCUCUGCUGCUUCUCCUGGUGGGUGGUGUGGACCAUUCUCCCCGUGGCAUGAAGAUCAGAGGGAAUAUUAACAUCUGCCUGAUGGGAGACCCCGGAGUGGCAAAGUCUCAGCUUCUGUCCUACAUUGACCGCCUGGCUCCUCGCAGUCAGUACACCACAGGAAGAGGCUCGUCCGGUGUUGGUCUGACGGCUGCUGUGAUGAAGGAUACAGUGACUGGGGAGAUGACCCUGGAGGGGGGUGCCCUGGUCCUGGCAGAUCAGGGAGUCUGUUGUAUUGAUGAGUUUGACAAGAUGAUGGAUACUGACCGCACCGCCAUCCAUGAAGUCAUGGAACAGCAAACCAUCUCCAUUGCUAAAGCUGGUAUAAUGACCACGCUGAACGCUCGCUGCUCCAUCCUUUCUGCGGCUAACCCGGCCUAUGGAAGGUACAACCCCAAGAAAACAGUGGAACAGAACAUCCAGCUCCCCGCCGCCCUCCUGUCUCGAUUUGAUCUGCUUUGGCUAAUUCAGGACAAGCCUGACAGGGACAACGAUCUCAGGCUGGCUCAGCACAUCACAUAUGUCCACCAGCAUAGCAAGCAGCCGCCCUCUCAGUUCGAGGCUCUCGAUAUGAAGCUUAUGAGACGCUAUAUUACAAUGUGCAAGCGCAAGCAGCCAGCAAUCCCAGAAUCCCUUGCAGACUACCUGACAGCCGCCUACGUUGAGAUGAGGAAAGAGGCACGAACCAACAAAGACACCACGUUCACCUCGGCCAGAACCCUCCUGUCCAUUCUGCGUCUCUCCACCGCUCUGGCCCGUCUACGUCUGGAGGAUGUUGUGGAGAAAGAAGAUGUGAAUGAAGCUAUGAGGUUAAUGGAAAUGUCUAAAGACUCCCUACUGGGAGACAAGGGGCAGACAGCGAGAACCCAGCGACCCGCAGAUGUAAUCUUUGCCACAAUUCGUGAGAUGGUUCCAGAAAAGGGGCCACGCAGCAUCAAGUACUCGGAGGCCGAGCAGCGCUGCGUGUCCAAGGGCUUCACCCCCGCACAGUUUGUGGCGGCUCUGGAGGAGUAUGAGGAACUGAACGUCUGGCUGGUCAAUCAGGCCCGGACCAAAAUCACCUUUGUGUGAUGUGCGCCCGCAACAAACUGCCCCCCCCCCCCCUUCCAAAUCAGGCUGUGAUGGCCUGCUGCUUCUCACUGGACCCCGGUAUAUUACUGGACAGGUGUCUUUUAAUCCCCACGUUUCGAGGAGCGACUUUUGUAUGUUACAGAAUUAUUUCUCGUCUAGCUGCCAUUUGUCCUUUCUAUGGAGGCCAUUUCUACGCACACGGGAAUCGUGCUUUCCGGAGAAAGUUAAAUAAAGACUUUUUACUAGUAAAA